AUGUCAAGUAGUUCAAGUUCAAAGAAGUCAAAAGCCAAGGAUAAACAACCUAAGCUUCGUGAAUUCUUGUUUAAAAUAAUGAAAUCCCAAGGAUCAUUUAACGAAACCAUUGACUCUCCUCCUUCUCCUUUAAGUUCCCCUCCAACUCAAGAUGUUAAUAUGGAAGUAGGUGGUUCAAGUGCUUGUGAUGAACCAUUGGAUGAUGAUUGUGAUGAACCAUUGGAUGAUGAUUGGGUGUAUGAUGUUGAACUUCUUCCUCAUGACCCGGGAUUGAGAAAAAACAUAAUGGAUUAUCCCCCAAAUGAAAGAAAUCCGGUUAGGAGAGCUUAUAUUCUUAAAAAACCUUGCCAACCAAAAACACAUGUUUUCCCUCAAAAACAAGUAGGUGGUUUACGCCGUUUUAGUGUCCAUUGGUUCAAAAAAUGGGAUUGGCUUGAAUAUAGUGUUGAAAAAGAUGCCGCAUUUUGCUUUGCUUGUUAUUUGUUCAAGAGGGAUGUUGAAAUUUACAAUGGGGGUGAUGCAUUUGUUAAUGGAGGGUUUAAAUGGUGGAAUAAACCGGAUAGGUUUCAAAAGCAUGUUGGUGGAGUUAAAAGUGCUCAUAAUGUUGCUUAUGAGAAAUAUGUGAAUCUAAGAGAUGCAAAAAAGACAUCAAUUGAAGUUGUGUUUGAUAAUGCGAGUCAAGCUCAAAUGGAUUCAUAUCAUAUUCGUUUGAAUGCAUCCUUAACUUGUUUGAGAUUUCUUUUGGGCCAAGGUUUGGCAUUCCGGGGACAUGAUGAAAGGGAGAAGGUUGACGAAGUCAAACAACAUACUUUCCAAAUUGGACCCAAAAAUUGUCAAUUGACAUCUCCCAAAAUUCAAAAAGACAUUAUCAAUUGUUGUGCAAAGGAGACUACCAAGCGCAUAAUAGAAGAGAUUGGAGAUGGUUACUUUUCUAUUUUGGCCGAUGAAUCAAGUGAUGUGUCUCAAAAAGAACAACUAGCUCUUGUUUUGCGGUUUGUUAAAAGAGAAAGUGGAUCGGUAGUGGAACGCUUUUUAGGCAUUGUACGUGUGGGUGACACUACCGCUUUAUCUCUUAAAGAUGCAAUUUUGUCCUUGCUUAUGGAAUAUUCAUUGAGUCCAUCCAUGAUAAGAGGUUAA